UUCUCCAGGCACAAGUGAUAAAAACUUGGCCAAAAUUGUAUCCUACUUGGAAAAAUGUGACGUGUCAGAGCAGCUGUCGUCUACCUGAUCCUCUUUCCUAUGUCUGGUACCAGAACGAAGUGAAUAUUGACAGAAAGGAGUCUUCUAUUGAAAAAUACUUUGAUCAGACAGACGGCAUUUCCUGUGCUGUAAAAGGAUACGAGAAGCUUCCCUCUCCUCCAGUGUGUGUUGGUGAUCAAACCUGUAACACAGUGACUUACACCAGCAGAAGCAUCUGUGCCCUCAAAGGUUCAUCAGUGGACAUUUCUUGCAUCUACAGUCAUACACAUCCUGCUGUGUCCAAAUUCUGGUUCAGUCCUGAACGUAGUCAUCAGUGGCAGCAUCGCUCACACCCCGAGGACCUCAGAACAGACUCCCACUAUGCAGGUCGUGUUGAGGUCAUUGAAACAGAGAGAGGACGCUCCACUCUGAGAAUCAGAGACCUGACAGAGAGGGAUUCAGCCGAGUAUCACUUUAAAUUCAAAUCACAAAGCUUUGAAUGGAAGAAUAGUUUACCUGGAACAACUCUGAGUGUCACAGCUCUGCAGGUGAAGGUGAGCAGAAUAAUAUCAGUCCAGCAGACUCAGACUGAGGCAGAGCUGAAGUGUCAAAGCAGCUGCAGUCCAGCUGGUCGUCUUUCCAGUGAUGCUAACCCAGCAGCUAACUACACCUGGUACAAGGAGGAUGAUGACUCAGCAAAAGCAUCUGGACAGAACUUCAUCAUCACUGACUUCAGACCUGAACACAGUGGGAGUUAUUACUGUGAAGCCCAGAACACAAGAGGACGUCGCAGCUCCACCUCCCAUCAUCUCACUGUUGUGACAGGGAAAUCAAUAAUAAUACAGAAUAUUAUCAGAUUAACUUUGGUGGUCCUGAUGCUGAUUCCUCUGCUUCUUGUGAAUUUGUGGAUGAGCAAGAAGAAACCUUGGAGAUCUACAGCUGAAUCAAAUGAACUUAUGGAGACAAUGGAGAUGCAGUCAAACCAUAAACAGGACUCAGCUGAUGGAAACAGGAAGUAAAAAACAGCACAGUGGAGAGUGAUGCUGAUGCAUACAGAUUUAUAUUUUUACUUUUAGCUCCAAUUAUGUAAAGUUUAUUUGUCAGCAGCAGAACGUUAGACUAGACUUACAGCUUAUUCUUGGCCUUCUGUUACCUGUUCAGAUUAUGUGUAGUACAGAAGUUC